AUGACGUGCAACCUGUUGAGGAAUGGAAACUUUGAAACUGGUCCGUACAUAUCCCCCAACACAUCCUGGGGUGUCCUAGUCCCCUCCAACAUAGAGGACGCCCACUGCCCUCUCAUAGGUUGGAGCGUCAUUUCCCUAAAAGCCGUCAAAUACAUCGAUUACGCCCACUAUUUCAUGCCCGUAGGCAACCGAGCCGUACAAUUGAUGGCCGGACGAGAGAGCAUUAUUGUCCAGACUCCAGAUCGUCAGGACCACGCCCGGCAAGGUCUACGACCUGACCUUUUGCGGUUGGGGAUGCUUGCAAUUCCUGCGAGGAGUCUUUCAAGCUCGUAUUAUCACAUGAAGAGCAAUCACUCGGGGCCCCUUUGCGGUCCGGUAGUUGAUGAUGUGAAGUUGGUGGUUGUUAACGCUCCGCCGAAACGCAUAGCGCAACAUAAACAUGCUUGA